AUGUUAGCUUUUGUGGUUGUACCAAAGGAAUCGAGUCCGUUAGAAGUGCACUUGGCGCCGACCGGUCGUGAACUCGUCCAAGCUGUUCGGGGUCUCCUUCUGCAAGCCCACUGGCAUACUUUCACCCUUCUGGCUGCCGACCAAGCGACGGCGACGGCCUUGCGACGUCCCGAACUUUGGCAGACGCUCGAUUCGACGCCCCUGCAUCCGACGCUCGUCGCCCUACCGACGCCGAUCAGGCCUCAAACUUUGUUCAGGUUAGUUCCGAUUCCAACUAGAAAAUUAGCUGAUAUUUCGAGAUCCACUAGAGGUGUAGUAAUCCUGCUAAGCGACCGCGCCAGCUGUAUUCGUAUUCUCGAAGACGCGAAACGUCUCAACAUGAUGGACGGGCAUUUCGUUUGGGUUUGGAUAGACACGGCCGCCAUUAUCACGAUCAAAAAUGCGACAACAAUAACGGACGACGAUAGAGACAGAGAUAAAGAGGACCGUCUUAAACGUAGUGUAGAAAACGAUAUAAACGAUAUGAACGUAAAUUAUUUAUUAAGAAACGAUCAGUUCCUUUUAUUAAACAACCAAAACUAUGGCGUAGAAAGUUCUAAAUUUCCAAGGGAUCACUUAAAUCCUCAAACAACGCGAAGUCUUGGGGAUCAACUCCCACCCGGACUACUUAGUGUUAAACCACUACCGGUUAAAGUAGAUAGACAUUUGGUUAAAGGUGCUGUGCGGUUAUUGGUGUAUACUUUAAAGCAGGUGUUAAACCAAAGCCCAGAAUGGAUGUUAGAUAAUCUUUUGAAUGGACAGAAUAAUGGUUGCUGGAAGAAUAAUGGCCGAGAGAUCAGUUUUAUUAGCGAGUAUGCAAGAUUAGACCAUAUGGGACUAUUCUAA